AUGCAAGUCGUCCUUGCCACCUCUCCAUUCGCCAACCAACAGACUCAACAACGGCUCAUGGUCAUCUGGCCUAAAAGAGCGAUCAAGGUGUUGGCCAACUCCAGGGUUUCUGGCUGUUUUGAGGGUAUUGCCAUCCGCCAGGAUGACGUAUUGUCCAUCGUAUCUCGCACAAUGGGGCAGAGCUCACAUCCGGAGUGCGCCUCCUGCUCGAUGGCUAGAAGCGUGGUGGGGAAUGGGGGGAGACGGGAUUUCCAUGUCCACGCUGGCAAACGUCGCAAGACAUCUCUGGAGGAGAGCGUAUCGCCAACGACACUGUGGUCUGAGAACUUUCCGAACAUGGAGAAAACGACAUCGAUGAGGUUGUGGAAAAAGAGAGCCGGGCAACUCAAACACUCCUGCCGCCGCAUCCUCCUUGGGCAGCGCUUGCCAUCCAAACGGAAGACCCAAAGUGCUUUGCGGCGACAAGCUACUUGA